AUGCUUCGUGGCAGCUUCUUUAUCAGCACAUCGCUUGCGACUUUUUGGAUCCCAGUCGCUCAAGCACUCUACACAUUGCCCUUGAAGAAUAAUACUAAUGCUUCAAAUCACUUGACACCACUGGUAGAGAAACGCUUUCCUAAGACCGAAGACGGUCGCUGUGGUGUUGAUUUUGGCACAAGCUGCGAGAAUGACGAGUGCUGCUCUUCUCAGGGGUGGUGUGGAAAAGGGUACCUAUAUUGUUCUGCUCCUGCAUGCCAGCUUGAGUACGGUUCUUACUGCGACGCGAACAGGCGGCCACUUGGAGCAAAUACUGAAGAUUGGCCACGCCCUCAUGUGGGCGAUGUGCCAUAUGGAAAGGCUAUUUUUCACUGUACCCAGCCCGGUACCGUUGCACUGACUUUUGAUGAUGGUCCGUGGAACUAUACCGGAGAACUGCUCGAUGUGUUAGAGGAGUAUAAUGUCAAGGCUACCUUCUUUAUCACAGGCCGAAAUCUCGGCAAAGGAGCCAUCAAUGACCCAGAGACUGAUUGGCCGCGCCUGAUUCACCGAAUGAAGGCAGAUGGCCACCAAAUCGCCAGCCAUACUUGGUCUCAUCAGCGUCUACCUACACUUAGCAGGUCUCUCCUCCGCCAGCAGAUGAUUUAUAAUGAGAUUGCCAUUGCCGACAUCCUUGGAUUCUUUCCAACUUAUAUGCGUCCACCUUACUCUGCCAGUAAUACGGACGUGGAUGAGUGGCUUAGCGAGCUAGGAUAUCACGUCACCUACUUUGAUCUAGACACAGAGGGCUAUCUACACGAUAGUGAAGCAGAAAUCGAAGUUUCUGAAAACAUUGUGGACAAAGCAUUUAGAGACAAAGACCAAACGAGCGAAAGCUACCUGCACAUUGAGCAUGACACAGUAUACGAAACGGUAGCUACCCUGGUAGCAUAUACCAUCGAUGCUCUCCAUCACGCCGGAUUCAGAGCAGUAACUGUAGGCCAGUGUCUGGAUGAUCCAUACGAAAAUUGGUAUCGCUGGCCAGAUGAGGAGUAUAAGAAGCGUUCACUUGAAGUAUUGGAAGAGAGCGCCGUUAAGCCUUUUGACAAAACUGGGCGGGCAUUGAAUGACGUUAAUGGAGCCUCCGCCAACAUUCGUCCCGAGCACAAUCAGCGUCGUCAUAUGUCCAAGCAAGCAAGCUCAGGACCUUUUAAGCCUCAACCAUUGGUGAAAGGAUCCCGCCUUACAGUCAACCAAGCUCUCUCUCCACCCUACAGUCGUCCGUUCAGCAGAUCCCCCCCCUUGCGCCUCCUGCCAUUUACUGACACUGGCCGUUGCGGUCCUGAAUUCGGCAACGCCACAUGCGCCGGCCAAAAGACUGAGAAAUGCUGCUCAAAGACUGGCUGGUGCGGAUCUACUGAAGCACACUGUUCCAGCGGCUGCCAGGAGACGUUUGGCAUCUGCGGGGUGAACUAG